AAAAAAAUUAAUAUGGUUGUUUUACCUAAAUAUCAGUAUAUAAGAACGCAAUCGAUUCGUUCGAAAUCAUUCGAUUCCUUUUCCUCAGAGCUUUCACUUCUUUCAGAAGUUCUCCAGCUUCAAACGUACUUUCACCAUGAUGUUUAAGGCUCUUCUCCUUGUUUCCUUGGCUGCUGCUGCCAUGGCUCAGUACGGAUACGGUCAUGAAGGAGGAUAUGGUGGUGCAGGAUAUGGCCAUCAAGAUUAUGCUCAACCCAUCCCCUACCAAUACGGAUACGAAAUCCAAGGUGACCACGGUGAAUUCAAACAGAACCGCGCUGAGCACGGAGAUGGACACGGCAAUGUUCAAGGCAGCUAUGGUUACACUGAUGCUCACGGAAUCUACAGACAGGUUGACUAUGUAGCUGAUCAUCAUGGUUUCCGUGCCCAAGUCAAGACUAAUGAGCCCGGAACUGAAAGCCAAAGCCCUGCUGAUGUUGAACUCCAUGCCCAACCCGUCCAGGUCCACCAACCCGCUUACUCUGCUCCUCAACAUGCAGGUUACGGAUAUUAUUAGAUAACCUAUAUUAAAGAAUUAUUUCAAAUUUAGGUCAACUCUGCAGAAUCCUUAAAAGAUGAAAAAAUGAGCCUAUCCUUUACUUCAGGACUAUUAAAGAAGAUAUUGGGUCCUCCGAAACUACCAUCAUUAUUUAUUACUAAAAGCAUGCUUUCGAGAGGACCGAACAUCUGUUUAGUUUUAGAGCAGAGUUUCAAGUAAUAUAUAUUAAGUACAGAAUGCGUCACUUCAGUACUUGUUAUGUAGAAACUGAUACUCAAUAAACUGUUAUCUUUUUUAAUA